AUUGCUUCCCAAGUUUAAGUGUGAGGUACUUUAUGUUUGUUUGUUGACUACCUAAAUAGCCCUUUAAAUAAAUAAAAAAGUUGAUAUUUCUUAUAUGUUUGACACAGUGAAAAACAGCCUGGGGUCAAAUUUACCCCAAAGAACACCGACAUUAAACAUUGAAUGGGGUCAAAUUGACCCGAAAGGUAACAGGAGGGUUAAACAUUCUGUUUAGAAUGAAGAUGUAUUAAUGUUCCAUAUGGAAGAAAACUGCUAAAUAACUGCUGAGUUGCAGCACCAUUGUAUAGAAGAAUGUAUAAAUGUAUAUAUCCGUCUUUUGUCAUAAAUCUCUAUGUUCUCACAAAAUAUACCGAGAAUAUCGGUAAUAUGUGAUUAAUCAUGAUUAAUCCACAAAAACCUGUGAUUAACCCGAUUAAAAUUUUUAAUCGUUUCACAGCCCUAAUAUAUAUAUAUGUAUAUAUAUGUUCAAAUAGGUCAGGUUAACAAAGAGAGCGUUCCUGUCAUGUCGUUCACUAUAAUAGCCGCUAGAGGGCGCUGUUUCCACACUCAGCACAGGACAGGCGAAACUUCCGCUCAAACCUUCAGCGAAAGGAGUGAUGCAUGAUGGUCAGCGUAGUACCCGGCGACUCUUUCUAAACCGGAACUACAAAUUCCGUCAUGUGACAUACCAACCGAACAGUGACAGGUUAUGUAUGCGCGCGCUCCGUAACAAGCUUCUGCGGAACUUGUGCCUCCUCCUCGGCAUAUGUGUGUGUAUGUGUGUGUGUGUGUGUGUGGCGUGUGUUUUGUGUGUCGUGCCUUUUUGCUGAAACGUCUUGAAACAGGUACACACCGCGACAGAAGAGCAGCGCGGCGCCGGGAGGCGGUCGAUGAGCACGUUGAGCCCGGGAUGAGCGCGAGCGAGCCGGUGUGAGUCCGCGUAGAGCACACCGACCGACAACGGGGACGUUAUGACGGAAUACUUGUGAGUCCGUGUUGUUAUGAAGUCGACAUCACGUUUUUCAUUUUUUUAAAUACAACUUUUUGAUUUAUUUAUUUCGCUUUUUGAGAGUGUUUUUUUUUUUUUUUUGUUGGUAUUUCCUUAUUAUUUGCGCGUGAAAUAAAGUAACUUUAUCGAAAUGAAGUUUAACGGGUAUUUGAAGCUUCGGAUCGGCGAGGCGGUGGGACUGAAGCCGACCACCACCUCGCUCCGCCACACUGUCAUCUUCAACAAAGCCUCCUCCUCCGCGGUCCUGGACCCCUACGUGGUGGUGAAGGUGGAUGACUCCAAGAUCGGACAGACCCUCACCAAGCAGAAGACCAACGCGCCGACGUUCAACCAGGAGUUCUGCCUCGACGUGCACGACGGGACGCAGAUCGAGGUGGCGGUGUUCCACGACACUCCGAUCGGAUAUGACGACUUCGUGGCCAACUGCGUCGUUCGGUUCGAGGACCUCAUCAAAACCUCCAACACCGGAGAGACGUUCGAGGGAUGGAUGGACUUGGAGCCAGAGGGCAAAGUCUUCAUUCAUAUUACGCUCACUGGAUCGUUCACUGAUGAUGACGCCAUCGUGAAAGUAAAGAGCUUCAAGCAGCUUACAAUGAAGAGACAAGGGGCCCUGAGACGCAGGAUCCACCAGGUGUACGGACACAAGUUCAUGUCCACUUUCCUUCGUCAGCCAACUUUCUGUUUCCACUGCAGAGAGUUCAUCUGGGGUGUUUUUGGAAAGCAGGGUUACCAGUGCCAAGUGUGCACCUGUGUGGUUCACAAACGAUGUCACAAGCAUGUCGUCACUGUGUGUCCACGCAUGAAGAAGCCGGCGAAAGAACAACCCAUAACCCAAGGUUUCAGCAUCAACAUCCCUCACAUGUUCAACAUCCAAAACUACAAGUCGCCCACCUUCUGUGACCACUGUGGCUCCCUGCUGUGGGGAAUAGUCAGGCAGGGGCUGCACUGUAAAAUCUGUAAAAUGAAUGUUCACAUCCGCUGCAAAGGCAACGUCGCUCCGAACUGUGGGGUCAACACUGUGGAACUGGCCAGUACGCUGGCACAGAUGGGUCUGCAGGCGGGAGGACUCUCUAAAAGCAACACAGUGACCAAAAGACAGAUGAGGGCCUCUCGUGAGAGGGAGGAUACGGGCACUGAGCAGCAGACUCCUCGACUGGGCAUCUCAGACUUCACGUUCCUUCAAGUCCUUGGCAAGGGCAGUUUUGGCAAGGUGCUGCUGGCGAGACUCAACGACAAAGAUCAGGUUUUUGCGGUCAAGGUGUUGAAGAAGGACAUCAUUUUGCAGGAUGACGAUGUGGAGUGUACCAUGACGGAAAAGAGGGUGCUGUCGCUGGCCCGCUGUCACCCCUACCUCACACAGUUGUACUGCUGCUUCCAGACACCGGACCGUCUCUUCUUUGUGAUGGAGUUUGUGAACGGUGGCGAUCUUAUGUUCCACAUCCAGAAGUCCAGGAAGUUCGAAGAGCCGAGAGCACGUUUCUACACGGCAGAGAUCACCUCCGCUCUCAUGUUCCUGCACAGCAAAGGCAUCGUCUACAGGGAUCUAAAACUGGACAAUGUUCUUCUUGACAAAGACGGUCACUGUAAGCUGGCAGACUUUGGCAUGUGCAAAGAGGGCAUAUUUGAAGGUGCAGUCACAGGAACUUUCUGUGGGACCCCGGAUUACAUCGCCCCCGAGAUCCUGCAGGAGAUGCUGUAUGGGCCCUCUGUGGAUUGGUGGGCUCUCGGGGUGCUCCUCUAUGAGAUGCUGUCGGGACACGCUCCCUUUGAGGCCGAAAAUGAAGAUGACCUCUUUGAAUCCAUCCUCAAUGAAGACAUUGUUUAUGCGUCUUGGCUCAGCGCAGAGGCAGUAAAUAUCCUCAAAGCUCUCUUGACCAAAAACCCAGCUCGGCGUCUGGGCUGUGUGGCCUCGGAGGCUGGAGAGAGUGCAGUGGCCAGCCACGCCUUCUUCACUGGCAUCGAUUGGGAGAAGCUGCAUCGUAGAGAAAUGGAGCCACCUUUUAAGCCCAGGAUCAAAACACCAGAAGACGUCAACAACUUUGACCCCGAUUUUACUCAGGAAGAGCCGACCCUCACGCCCAUCGACGCCCCUCUGAUCCUCUCCGUUCACCAGGAAGAGUUCCGUGACUUCUCCUACACCUCGCCUGAACUGCUGGAGAGCUGAGGGUCUCCUCUUGGAUCCACCAGUCAUUCUGCACUCUUUUCAGUGCCUGUGGCUUUUUCUAGAACAGUUCCAAGUGGUACUUGCAGCAUGAUGCUGUUACAUUCCCCAGAGACAUGAAGGUGCAGAGACGGUUCUUGUCGGGCAUGUGUUUGACUGACUCAUUGGCAGUUUGCACCUUCAUGUCUGAUGUCUCAUGAUGAACUCUGAAGCAUUCCUAUAAUUCCACUAAAGAGUGCCAUGUGAUUAUCUUUCAAAAAUGACAUUUAGAUUUGCGGUUGGGUUACAUUCAUUCAGGUGUGGAAAAUGAUUUAUUUGACCUGUUGGUAUGUUGUAAACUUGUUUGACAAAGGUGGACAACCUCAGUAUUGUAUUGUACAUUUUUGCGCUGGAUCAUUUUGUUUCCAGUUACUUCAAAUGAAAAAAGUACUUAAUUUUUGCUCUCGCACUGUCCAGAGAAAGGAAGAAAUAAUGAUCCAGAGAUUCCCAGAAAGGUUUAGCUGCCAGUUAAAACCUGGAAGAACUGAGUGAGCAGAUGAAAUAGUUUCUCAAUGAUGUGACUCUGGAAAAAAACAAGUACUCGCCGACUCGCAUGUUCUUCUAAAUGACAGUUAACACGAUUACAAGGACGAUUUGUCGAAGUUGCUGCAGGCAGUUUUGCAUAAUAUAUUUUUAUUUUGUGUUUAUAGGUCAAACUCCGUAAGAAGACAUUGGCAUCAGUCUCGAUGAUUCUCCAUGUAAUUGAUUAAACCAGGCAUGUUGAGGAUAAUGCAACGUUCUAUCUGAGGUGAAAGCUCAGCGAUUAUUCACCGUGACACAGAUAUCCAAAACUUCUAAGAUUACACCACACCGGGUCAGAAGAACAAUGCUAGUCUGGUGUUUGCCAACUGCCAUAUUCAUUUGAGUCUUGGUGUGUCUGAAGGUUUCAUAAGAGCAACAGUAAUCAUUCAGUCUGCUGCUCUCUGCUUACGCACACACUCACACUGUCUCUCUCUCUCUCUCACACGCACACACACACUCUCUCUCACUCACUCUCAACAAACGGAGCCAUUGAAAGCUCCCAGGUCUGUGGGCAGACUGCCUGGGUAACAUUUUAAAACUAGCAAAUCCCAUAAAAGUUAUUAAAUACCCUUCCUGCUGAACACGGACACCACCCUCACUGUGAACAUAUUAAAAUGAGGAGGAGGUAGAUGGAGAGAACUUAAAAUGGCAACCCUUCGAUCCAGUAACUUUGCUCUCAUGGUGAUGGCCUUCAACAGUUAAUUUUGUCACCGCAGACCUGUAGAGUCUAAACAGGAAACCACACAGCGUCAUUGCUGUUUCCUUUGAAACAGGAAGAUACAAGAAGACAAUUAGUCUUUUGGGACACUUUAAGAAGUUUGAAUACAGUUUGUGCUGUUGCUGACAACAACAAAAAUACACUUUCAUUGAAAGGUAUAUUGUGUUCCUUGUGCUGACCUUUUAGAACAGAGGUGCACUCUUCCUGUUAGUUUCAAGUUGUAAGUCAUCAGGCUGCACAUCGCAUCUGUUUACCUCUUCAACCCCUAUCCUGUUGAUGACUGUGUGGCUAAAUAGUGUAGAUUAGUGGCUUUAGAUACAAAAUGCUUGUGUCUAAUCUGAAACUGGAAGCAGUGCUGCUUUUUUUCUUUCUUUUUUUCUUUUACAUAAAAGUGAAAAAAAGGAGAUUAAUAACGCAACUAAACGUGAACCCUGUUAAACAGCAUUUUAACUUUAAAAUGUAUAUAUUUUUUAAAGUGCAUUGAUUACAGGGAUCUAACAGCAUCCAACUAAUCUAGUUGAAGCUUUCCUUAACAAAGGUGAUUGGAGACUUCUAUACAAAGAAUGGGACACGGGAUUAAAUUACUUGAGUUUUUGUUUACCCAUUACCUGUUUGGCAGCUUUCCUCAGGUAAUGUCUGAAUGAGAGGAACGAUUGACGAGCCUUGUCUCGGCUUCCAUUACCGAGACAUACUGAUGGCUGCCAGCAGUGCCUCUUCACUGCUAGAUUGAAACCCUGCUGUCCUGCCUGAUGGAUAUCAUGAAAGUUGCAAAAGAAGAAGAAAAAAAGACUCCGACAUUACCUCAAAGUGAUCCCCUGAAGACAUCGUAAUGUUUCUUACUUGUUGGGCUUUUUGUGCAGCAACACAAAGUUCCAGAAUCCAAUCAGACGAUGGCUAUUGCAACAAUAACAAUGCAAUCUUUCUUGUACAUUUCAACAUUUCUCUUUCAAAUCAUUGUGUUAGUGUUGUUGUUACACACUCAUCUGUGUAUUUUCAUUGAAAUUCCACAUCUGUGCCGCAAAAACAAUCUGCAUAGCUCUUCAUAGUUUUACUCACUAGAAAUAUGUUACAAAAAUAAAAAUCUCCCACUGUUUGCUAUUACAGAGAUAACCAGCAGAGCUUGGAAUAAACCAAUUUCACCUUGCUAGAAUGACCAAUAGUAAUGAAAAAGGUGUGGCUAGCACCGUAGACAACUUCCAGACCACUGUAAAGUUAAUCAAAAUGACUAAAUAAAUAAACAUUAUUUGAUGCAACUGAGUAAUCUGCACCACUCAGGGUUGAAUGCAGAUUCAGUCGUUGCUGAUGAAGCACCGCUACUAGCAUAUAUGUAAGAACCAUAUGAAUCACACUGGUUUAUAUGCCUAAAAGAUAAAUGCACAAGGUAUAGCAGCAAUGCUACUCCAAAGUGACAUGUUGUGCCACCCAGCCAACAGUAGGAAGUGACAAAGAUUUGUAAUUUCCUAGAUGUACCAAACAAUAUGUGCUAAGUUAGAGGAUGAAGAACUGUUAGGCCAGUGGCUCUCAACCUUGUUUCAGUGAUGUAAUCCCUGUUGAAAUAGUUUUUCAGCCAAGUUCCUCCUAACCAUCGCAAAGCAUUUUUAAUAGGAAAAAAAAACACAGCGAUGUGCCUGAUUUUAUAUAUAAUAUAUCAAUUUCAGUUUAUGAACAUACACUUCUUUUUUAUUGAAUAUGUAUUAAAUAACUAUUUUUAAAUUA